AUGAAUAGUACACGCAGAGUACGGAAUGCGUUGAUGUUGCACGCUCGUCAAAUCGGAUGGAAAUAUCCUGAGAAUGGUGAAGAUAUUUGGCAAUUUUGUGAUGAAAAAGCGAUGAAUCGCGAUAUGAUCGAAUAUCUGAAAGAGAAACGAGCAAGUGCACUCUCUUUGGGGGUUCGGUCAUUGAGGAAACGAAAAGAUAAUAUCUACGGAAUUGACUUCACACCAGUUUAUGAUCGUGACUUUUUUCCGGAACCCAUUGAAGAAUUGAGGAAAACGGCACCAAAAAAGAAAUGUAUUACAGGCACUACCGAAUACGAGGGACUAUUCUUUGGUAGGAGGCUUUUACAUAUAUCUAAAAGCUCAUAA